AUGCGGGGAGUACAAAUCUUUUCGGGAACAUCCCACCCUUCCCUGGCGGAGACCAUCUGUGAGCGACUAGGCACCCAGCCGGCUCGAGCCAACCUUGGGAAAUUCAGCAAUGGCGAGACCAGAGUAGAUAUCGGCGUCUCCGUGCGGAAUCAAGAUGUCUACAUCGUGCAGAGCGGCAGUGGAAAGAUCAACGACAGUGUGAUGGAGCUGUUGAUUAUGAUCUCUGCCUGCAAGGGUGGUUCCGCCAAAUCUAUCACAGCGGUCAUGCCGUACUUCCCGUACUCUCGCCAAUCCAAGAAGAAGAGCCACCGUGGCGCCAUCACUGCCCGCAUGUUGGCUAACCUCCUCUCGGUUGCCGGAGUGGACCAUGUGAUCACCCUGGAUCUACAUGCAUCGCAAAUGCAGGGUUUCUUCGGCAAGCCCGUGGACAACCUGUUCGCCGAACCCUUCAUCGCUCGAUGGAUUCGCAUGAACGUCCCUAGCUGGAAAGAAGCGGUGGUCGUGAGCAAGAAUGCCGGUGGCACCAAGCGUGUCACCUCGCUUGCCGAUACCCUGAAGCUCAACUUCGGUAUCGUCACGACCGAUAGACGGCGUCCCAAGGUCCCCAUGUCGAUGACGGACAGCACCGUCUUCUUUGACUCGAUUGAGGAAGAGAGCACGACCUCGUCGAAAGACCAAGAUCCCUUCGCACUGCACAUCCACAGCGCAGCCAGUGACAAUGGCCAGGGUGAAGACUCGCGAGAGGAGUCCACCACCAACAUGGAAUCGCUCGUCGCGGCCAAUCUGCUGCGCCCAGAGACCCCGACCGGCGCGCGUCGGCCGUCGGAGUUGGAAGCGGCACACGAGUACACCGAUGUUCGUGUCCAGGACGUCAUCACCGGCCGACUGGUUCAGGGCCACCUGGUGGAUGAUGACUAUCCUUCUACCGGUCCCACUUCUGUACCUGCUUCGGGCGAAACAACCCCGGGUCAGAACGCGAGCGGCGAACCCUCGGAGGCGGUUCCCGAGUCGAUGAUCAACUCUCUCAUCUCGACCACCCCUUCCCUUCCCGGCGAUCACGCGCUAGGCGGCUCAUUCGAUGCUGCCGAGUCCUCCGACGAGGAGGGUAGUGUCGGCCGUCACGCUGAGCAAGAGAAGACCAUUACCCUUGUCGGUGACGUGCGCAACCGGACCGUCUUCAUCGUCGAUGACAUGAUCGACAAGAGCGGAUCCUGGGUCGCUGCUGCUGAGACAGUCGUGAAGAAGGGUGGUGCGAAGAAGGUCUACUGCAUUGCAACCCACGGUCUCUUUGGGGAUGAAUCCCUGGAGCAGAUGGAGGCAUGCAAGGCCAUUGACCACAUCGUCGUUACGAAUACAUUCCCCAUCGCUCCUCAAGUUGCCAAGAAGUCGAAGAAGUUGAUUGUCAUCGACAUCUCAAGCCUCUUGGCCGAGAGCAUCAGACGCCAUCACUAUGGCGAAAGCGUUUCGGCUUUGUUUCACCUAAACGAUUAG